AUGUCGGCACCCUCCACUUCAAAGCGCAGUGUCGCCCAGGCUUUGGACUUUUUGGCAGAGCAGAGGAGGUAAGCCCGCCAGCUGAAUGUGUCGUGCCGAGAGGAAAUCAUAGAGCUCAAAGCAUACCCGAUUCACUUGACUACUGAUCAGACGACCCGAUCGGCGAAGUCAAGAGGUGGUUGCUUGUGGAGAGUUGAUCCUGCUGGGAGGGCACUUGAACGCGCUUGGCCAGGAUGAAUUGUGGUCGCUGCUGGAGCAAAUUGCCAUCGCCGCGCUAGACGUUGGCAACUGGGAAGUGGCAGAGGUGAGCAGAUGCGACGGGAUGCUCUGGCAGAUCCGCGGAUCAGCCGCUCAUCGACGUGCCUGUCCAAGUACGAACGGCUGAUCGUCGCGGCUGACGUCUCUAUACGUUCUUCCUAAUCAAGCUCUGCGUCUCACGGCUCAAUACGAGGUUUCCCGAAUCGAGUCGGGUGGCCAGCUUGCAAGGAAUGCUGCUCGAAGCGCGAGGCGAAGCAUCAAAAGCGCUGGACUUCUAUCAGUCGCAGCUUGCAAAAGACCCCACGGACGUGGUGAGUGAAUGUAGCUCUCAUGGCUGUCCUCUCCACCUCCGACCCACCAAUCUCGCAUUUGACCUAUCUAGACGAUGGCAAAGCGGCGCAUCGCUGUCAUGAAGGCUAUCGACCCUAACAUGGAUCCACGUGGAGGUGUACCAAAUGCUAUACUUGCCCUGCGUGCCUUCCUCGAUCACUACUACGCAGAUGCUGAGGGGUGGCAGGAGCUGGCAGGUUUGUACGCGAAUAUUGCGCUGUGAGUGUCUUCAUGUUGGCGUAAUUGAGCCUGCUGAUUCCGUUGCUGACCUCAGCUCUAUCGACUCCAAGGUAUCCGCAAGCGAUCUUUGCUCUAGAGGAACUGCAACUGCUGCAACCGCAAAACAUCUUUGUCGUGCUUCAAUUAGCCGAGACUCAAUACACUAACCAGGAGCUCGAAAAGGCGUACACGAGCUUCUUGAGAGUGGUAGACAUGUGUGAUCGCGUCGAUCCAGGCACCCGAAACACGGGGCCCUGGUUAAGGUCUCUGUGGGGAUUGAAAGCCGUGAGUUGUUCGAGUCGCGGAUGCCGUACAAGAACGCAGUGAGGCUGAUGUCUGAUGUGCGGUGUCACAGACGACAAGCAAACUACUCCAACGAGGUGAUGGUGCUAGCGUAAUUCGCUCGGGCACCAAAGAGGAUCAGGCAGCAUUCAGCCUGUCCAAGGUCAAAGAAGUAGAUGCGCUCAUCACCGAUCUGAUCCUCAAUCGAGCGUACAUAUCAAGCUCCAAAGACGGCCUAGCAGGACCGCGGCUUACCAGAGAAGCAGCGAGAGCGCUGCUCGCCGCAGCUUCGUAG